UAAUGGGAGUCAUGUCUUCGGUGAAGUCCUGAAAUGAUGGCAUCAAACAAUCAAAGAGAGGCAGAGGAAGGCAAGGCCUCGUCUGCUCCUCCAGCACACACAGAGAGAGCGUGAUGUCAGCGCUAACAGUCCUGUUGUAAUUGACUUGGUGGGGGUGAUGGCGUCAUUUCAUGCCCUGCUGUAGCCUCCUGCUCCAAUAGCGAAGGGGAGACGGAUCUCUGGCCGACGCGACCGUGGCUCCCUUGGCCGGGAUCGAGCACCGCCGAGCCGGACACUUGACGCCGGGAAACAUGGAGGCUGCGGCCGAGCAGCUGCAGGCCGGCUCUCGGGUACCUGUCACUAUCGAUCAAAUAGUUAACGAUACCCUGGUGGUGACGCUGAUCUAUCGGGAGAGGAGCUACACAGGGAUAUUACUCGACAGCAACAAAAAGACUGGGCUGUUCUGUCUGCCAGAGUUCACAGCCAAACCCGAAGACUGCCUGAAAUCUAAACCGGCUUGUGAAAUCCCAGAAGUCCUGAGUGAGGAGCAGCUUUCCAAAUCCCAGAGCCAGGCGUCACACAGACCAAAGGAUGAAAACACACUUCCUGAAAGCGGCGUACCUGCUGCUCCUCCCUGCCCCAUCCCCACACCAGUGCCAGCUGGACAGACUCCUUACCCUCCUUAUUUUGAAGGAGCCCCCUUCCCUCAGCCCUUAUGGGUGCGCCACAGUUACAGCCAAUGGGUACCUCAACCCCCACCCAGACCAAUCAAAAGAAAGAAGAGGCGAACGCGAGAGCCAGGCCGUAUGACCAUGAGCACGAUCCGUCUGCGCCCUCGGCAGGUUCUUUGUGAAAAGUGCAAAAACACUCUGAACAGUGACGAGGACAGCAAAGACGGCCUGAGCAACAACACAAAGACUUCUAGAAAAGAGAAUUCACUACAGAGCGACGACGACGGGGAAGAUAAAGACACUCCCACUAAGCUGUCUAGAAAAGAAGAAGGUGUUUCGACAAAAGACGCCAAGAGACGUGAAAACGGCUCCACACUAGACAGCAAGCGCCUCAGGAAGGACAAACGGGGGGAUGCUGACGGGGACAAGUACCUUGGAAGUGAUGUAAUCCCCCACAGUCCUGUCAUAAAGAUCUCAUAUAGCACUCCACAGGGGAAGGGCGAGGUGAUGAAGAUCCCCUCCAGAGUCCACGGCUCAGUCAAGCCAUUCUGCCCCAAACAGCUUGUGCAGAAUGGCGUCAGAGAAAACGGCAAGACACCAUCUGACCCCACAAAGGAACAACGGCACAUUCUUGACGCUACAAGGUCCGGCCUCACCGUGUCCAUUCCCAAACUCAAACUCACCCGGCCUUUUGCCAACGUGGGUCAGGAAUUACCUUCUCCAAAGAUCAGCUUGAGACCCCCAUCAAGGGAGGGGGAGGAGAGCGUGGUCGAGUAUGAGGCCGAACUUGUCGGUGGCACUCGGAGGCGGAGCCCCAGGGUGCCCGGUCCCUGCCUUCCCCACUCUGAGGACUCAGGGGAGGGUAAGAACUCUCUGGAGUUGUGGUCGGGAAGUUCAGGAGAAGAGGCAGAGCGCGGACACAAUGACCUCACGCUUCUUAUUAAUUUUCGAAAGCGUAAAGCAGAUUCUUCAAGUCUGUCGGUCUGCAGCAGCGACAGUUUAGACGAGUCCAAGUCUUUCAGCUCUGACGGCACAUCUCCAGAACUCUGUGACCUGGCCCCAGGUGAGGAUCUGUCUGUGACAUCAUCUUCUAUCCCCUCUCGAGACGACUGUAAGACCGUGCCGCCACUCACAGUGCGGCUUCACACGCGCAGUAUGACAAAGUGUGUAACAGAGGAAGGUCACGCAGUGGCGGUGGGCGACAUCGUGUGGGGGAAAAUUCACGGCUUUCCUUGGUGGCCAGCUCGCGUCCUCAGCAUCAGCGGUACCCGCAAGCAGGAGACUGCAAGCUGUGAGGCCCAGUGGCCGCAGGCUAAGGUGGCAUGGUUCGGUUCGCCAACGACCUCCCAGCUCUCCGUCGCCAAAUUGUCCCCCUUCCGAGAGCUCUUCAGGUCCCGCUUCAACAGGAAGAAGAAAGGAAUGUACCGGAGAGCCAUCCUCGAGGCUGCCAAGGCUGUGGGUCACAUGAGUCCUGAGAUCACAUCGCUGCUCUCACACUGCGAUACGUAGAAGCUGAGGACUGACUGGAGCGACGGCUUUUUCUCUGAAUCCUCAGACUCUGUCAUCAAGACCCAGGAGGGUGUACGUGAGGUUGCCACGGCUACUAUUUAUAUGCCGUUCCUUUUUUUUUUUUUUUUUUCUUCCACAUGGCUGGUUGAAAAAUGGCCGCCACGGAGUGUUUUUGAGACUGGAUAAGGGAGCAAAUAAAAGGCCAGGCAUCUCAUGGCCUACUAAACAAUUCCUCUUUUUUAUUUUCUAGAUUUAAUCAUAUUUCAAUAGAGCCGACACUACAAGGACCCAAAUGUAUUUAUUUAUCUGUUCUGGUUUAUUCUGAACCAACUGUCUUCAAUCUCUCAAAACCUCCCAAUCUGCUGCUGUCUUCAUCACGGUCCUCGCCGGCGCUGAUGUGUUCACUGCGAGGUCAUCCAGCCACAGGAAGCCCUAAGGACAUGAGACCUUUUUACGGAGGUUUAAAAAGUCUUACCUUGAACCCUCUUACUUCUGAAACUGUGAACGGCUCCGUCUGACUGUUCCAGCUCCUCUAGCGAUCAGUGUUUCCAUCCUCGUAGCCUUCUGUCAGAUCUGUGGAUGUAUUUAUACUGAACUCUUAUUCCUCUCCUAAAGCAUCUUGUGUCUCUCUUCCAUUUCAUUUUUACCUUUUAGGAGUGUCAUCAUGUCAACCAACUUCCCCACUAGUUUUUCCUGAGAACCAUUUUUCCAUCACUUUACUUAUUUAAAGCGUCACGUUUAAGAAAAAAAAAGCACUUUAUCUGUACCUUUGGUGGCCUGCUGUAAGCUCCCUGUCUGAAACGCUAAUGUGAGAUUACAGCCCUAACAGGCGGCAGGGGAGCUCACAAGUCUUUGUGGUUGACUAUCCAUGGCCUUGGAGAUACAAAAAACUUAUUUUAUUUUAUUGUACGAUUUUUGGGGGCACCAGACACGGAUGGUUGUGUACACUGUAUUCUGCAUUUGGUGUAUUUCUCUCAAUUAGUAAAAAAAAAACAUAUUUAAGGAAGAAUUCUUGUUUUUUUUAGCCUGGUCUCUAAUGUUGGCAUAUUUCAGAGUCUAGAUGACUUGAAGGUGAAAAGUUUUGGAAUUGCCCUUUUAAAUUUCUCCAGUCUACAGGAGUAAAACAGGCUGAAUAAGCUGCAUUAAAGGCCUUGGGAGCAAAUGUGCCCAAUCAGAGGAUGUCCAUCUUAAAGUCAGAUUGUUUUUAGAGUUUCUGACAACACUGAUUAAAGGACCCCUAAACUGACA